GACAUCUACGUGACCAGCUUCGGGCCCGUGUCCGACGUGGAGAUGGAAUACACAAUGGAUGUCUUCUUUCGGCAGACAUGGACUGAUGAGAGGUUGAAGUUUAGUGGGCCAACUGAAAUUUUGAGAUUGAACAAUUUAAUGGUCAGUAAAAUUUGGACACCAGACACAUUUUUUAGAAAUGGAAAAAAAUCAAUUGCUCAUAAUAUGACAACUCCUAACAAACUUUUUAGAAUUAUGCAGAAUGGAACUAUUCUUUACACAAUGAGACUAACCAUUAAUGCUGAUUGUCCCAUGCGGUUGGUGAACUUCCCUAUGGAUGGACAUGCUUGUCCACUGAAGUUUGGGAGCUAUGCUUAUCCAAAAAGUGAAAUAAUUUAUACUUGGAAAAAAGGACCCCUGCAUUCUGUAGAAGUACCACAGGAGUCUUCCAGUCUUCUCCAGUAUGACCUCAUAGGACAAACUGUAUCUAGUGAAACAAUUAAAUCUAACACAGGUGAAUAUGUAAUCAUGACAGUUUAUUUCCACUUGCAAAGGAAGAUGGGCUACUUCAUGAUACAGAUUUACACUCCAUGCAUUAUGACAGUCAUUCUUUCUCAGGUGUCUUUCUGGAUUAACAAGGAGUCUGUUCCAGCCAGAACAGUUUUUGGAAUCACUACGGUUCUAACAAUGACCACUCUCAGCAUCAGCGCACGCCAUUCUUUGCCCAAGGUGUCCUAUGCCACCGCCAUGGAUUGGUUCAUAGCCGUGUGUUUUGCCUUUGUUUUCUCUGCACUUAUUGAGUUUGCAGCUGUCAACUACUUUACCAACCUUCAGGCUCAGAGAGCACUGAGGAAGGCAGCCAGGGCAGCAGCACUGGCAGCAGCACUAUCGGCAGCGACUGUACCGGCAGAGGACGAGAUUGUCUCGCAUUCUGACUCCAACUCUAACCUGAAGAAGCGAGUAAACUCUGUAACAUCUCAGGCAGAGCAGUCUCCUGAACCCAGCAUAAUAUCAAAUACUGCAUCCCAGUGUCAGGCAGUGUCUGUGCCUCCACCUGCCCCACCACAGCCACCAGCUAUUGGAGGUGCCAGUAAAAUAGACCAGUAUUCCAGGAUCCUCUUUCCAGUGGCAUUUGCAGGAUUCAACCUGGUGUACUGGGUGGUUUAUCUUUCAAAAGACACCAUGGAAUUUUUUGAACCUUCUGCAAUGCAUUUCCGAAAUGACCCUCAGUCCAACUGAGGAACAACUCCAGAUUUCAAGGAAAUCGCUCGAGGUCUCAGAGGGUUGAAGAGAUUUCAAAAGAUUUGUCUGUCAGUCCACAGGUGCUCUCCAUUUUCAAACAGGGAAUAUUUAUAUUGGACAUCACCUGGAUGCAAACUCUGGACAAAUCAAGAGCUGCAAACGUCUUGGGGUUCUAACGAUACUUUCUUAAGAUUUCUUACAGUGAUUCUACUACAGAAGUUCUCCUUAAAUUGUUUUGUUUGAUUGUCAAAGGAAAGAAUGUGCAUUUGUUCUAAAACUGUUGCAAACAGUUGAACAUUUACAUCGAUAUAAAGCAUCAGUAAAAGGAUUUGUUGGGUUGGGUUUUUUUAUAUAGAAUAAGGAUUGCUAAAAGGAGCCUGAUUCUGAAAUGGUUGGGAGUUGCACUGAUUUCCAUCACUUGACAUUGACCCAAAAUACUGUUGGAAAGAAAUCCUAUGAAAAGGAGCUGCAGUUCCAUAAUGUUUUAAUCUUUUUAUGUAAAAGAUUAAUGAUUAUUUAUUUUUAUUUCAUUUUAAUCUUUAAUUUGAGAUCAUAUUUAUAAAGAAUGAGAUCUAAGAAGAAAAGGAAACAUAAGGUAUUUUUUGUGU